UGAAAUAUGGGUUUUCUGUGGGGAGCUUAUUUUUACUUGCUAGAAGAACUUAGCACGAAGUGUUUUUACAAGCCAUAAAGUCUCUUAGCGCUAUCACUGUCAUGAAUAUGUUGCACGAUAAAAGCACUGGCGGUACAAUAAACAUGCCAUGUUGCAAGAUCAAAUGACAGCAGCAGAAAUAAACCUUUUGGAAAAAGGCGGAAGCCAUUCUUAGGUUGCAUAAGUAUCCUAAAGACUUCACAAAGGACAAAUUAACAUAAAAGUAUAGUGUUGCUUACGUUCAAUCAAGGAAAUCGUCAAAUUAUAAUAAAUGUUCUGUGAUGUGCUUUUCUAGCUUUUUUUUUCAACUUUUUUUUCUCCAGGUUUUGAGCUAUUAAAUUGGUUUUUGUAUCAUGACAAAACAUUGCCGUACCUGCAUGGAAUAUUAUACAUGAUGGGCAAUGACAUUUGCUCAUAAAAUUGCAACUGUGUAUUUUAUCAAAUUGUGAUUUGUUCUUUUUAAAUAACAAUUCCUUUUGCUGAAUAACCCCAUUUUUUUUCUGAUGCAGACGUGUGCAAACUUUUUUCCAAAUGUAAACAUUGGUUAGGCAUUUCCUUCUCGAAAAACAGAUUACGUAUGAGACACAAGGAAUCGUACAUUUUUAACUGUCAUAUUUUGCUUGCAGCACACAUGCAUAUGUGGGGGUCGUGUAUCUUAGUGAGUGUUUUAUUUUUGUUUCAGGCUGUGUUUGAGGAAAACAUGGCAGCAUGUGCACCGCUGCUGCAUAAGCACUUGGCACCUGUGCUGAAGAAGGACACCAUGUACUUGAUUUUUCAAGUUGAAGAACAACAAAAAAGAGGCAAUGCUAAGGCAUCGGAAGAAGCACUGAUGCCACUUCUGUGUGCCUACUUUAAGGAAAAUGAAAGGCAGCUUUUCCAAGUUUUUGAAGAAGGAACAAGCAUAACGGAAAAGCUGGAAGAGCUGCCUCUCACACCUACUGUCAUCGCACUGGGUAGCAUUUUCAGCAAGCAAUGCUUUGUGACAUGCGACCACGAGGUCCUCUUCUCGCAAGCGUUGAGCUUCACGGAAGCAACUUGCCUGAUGUUUUUGUGCUAUUAUGUGUUUAAUAUCACAUAUGCCGAGGAGGGUUCAACCACACUAGAGUUUCUCCAAAGGCUGCUAUUUCACAUACAACCUUCAACGGGCACGAAAGCACAAGGGAAGAAGUCUCGGACAAGUGUACAUAACAAGAUUAUGUCAUUAGCCCGGAAGCUGCAAGUGAAAUGUUGAAGCUGUAAUGAAGCUUCCGGAAUCCUUCUAGUCCUGCAGUUUUUUUCUCUUUUUUCUUCAUCUAUUUUUUGUAAUAAAUAUAACUUUUGUUCAGACCAGCAGUUGGUUGAUGGGUUGGGUUCACAUGAAGCUGCGCAAGUAUGCUUUAUGUAUGCCAUUGACAGCCCAAGUAUACAACACAAUGACAUGACGAAAGUAAAGCAGUGGAUGCAAGAAGGGAACAUGCGAACACUGUUUUUACAUGGUUUCAGUCUAUAUAAAUCUUUAUGUUCGGGAGGAAAACCAUUUGGUCAUUAUGAACCAUUGAAUAAUUUCUGUACUUCGCGCUAUGAUAGUUGGUUUGCAAUAAUUUGUUUUAUGUAAAACUUGAAAUGAAACAGGAAAGAGUAUGGAUGAUGCUGUUUCCUGUAUUAUAUGAU